AAAAUCCAGUGGAAAAAGCCAAAAAACAGAAAGCACUAGAAGCAACACAUUCCUCUACUACUAUUUAAACUGCUUUCUAGCAUUCCCUCCAAAAUUGUCAAACUACCAUCAACUGCCCCAAGCAGAAGAAAAACCACACUCAUCUCAUUCAUUCAUCACUAACCCAAAACUGAAAUUCCACCACUUGUAGUUUUGCAAACAAAAAUGUCACCUGCCCUAUCUACAUCUCUUUCCCACCUCCCCAUCUGCAAAUCCCAAGACCUCCCAAAGGAAACCCCCCUCCCAAAAACCAUAAACAGAGAAAACCCAAAUCAGAAAUCACCUCUAAACAUCAAAAUUAGCAAGAGAAACCUACUGAGUUCCACUGGUUUGAGCCUUGUUUGUGGGACUCUUUCUCAGCCGGCAAGGGCUGAACCAGAGAGCCCAAUCGAACCAACUUCGACUAGACUCUCGUACUCGAGAUUCUUACAGUACUUGGAUGAGGGUGCUGUGAGAAAAGUGGACUUGUUCCAAAACGGGUCCGUGGCGAUAGUGGAAGUUUUCAAUCCCACACUUAACAAAAUCCAGAGGGUUAAAGUACAGUUACCUGGAUUGCCACAAGAACUUUUAAGGAAAAUGAAGGAGAAGAAUGUGGAUUUUGCUGCUCAUCCAAUGGAAGUCAACAUGGUGGAUGCAGUACUGGAUUUGCUGGGGAAUUUGGCUUUUCCAUUGAUAUUCCUUGGUGCUUUGCUUCUGAGGAGUUCUUCUUCAAAUACUCCUGGAGGGCCUGGCUUGCCUUUUGGACUAGGAAGGAGCAAAGCCAAAUUUCAAAUGGAACCAAACACUGGAAUAACCUUUGACGAUGUGGCUGGAGUUGAUGAAGCAAAGCAAGACUUCCAAGAGAUUGUUGAGUUCCUGAAAACUCCAGAGAAAUUUGCUGCAGUAGGGGCAAGGAUUCCAAAAGGAGUACUACUAGUAGGGCCUCCUGGUACCGGAAAGACUCUACUGGCCAAGGCCAUUGCUGGAGAAGCCGGUGUACCUUUCUUCUCACUCUCCGGUUCAGAGUUCAUUGAGAUGUUUGUGGGAGUAGGGGCAUCAAGGGUGAGGGACUUAUUCAACAAGGCCAAGGCAAAUUCGCCGUGCUUGGUUUUCAUUGAUGAGAUAGAUGCUGUUGGGAGGCAGAGAGGGACUGGUAUUGGGGGAGGGUAUGAUGAGAGGGAGCAAACACUUAACCAGCUGCUCACUGAAAUGGAUGGGUUUAGUGGAAACAGUGGAGUCAUUGUCAUUGCUGCAACUAAUAGGCCUGAAAUUCUUGAUCAAGCUUUGCUUAGGCCAGGCAGGUUUGACAGGCAGGUUAGUGUUGGACUACCUGAUGUAAGAGGAAGAGAAGAAAUAUUACAAGUACAUAGCAAAAACAAGAAGCUAGACAAGGAUGUCUCUCUAAGUGUCAUUGCCAUGAGAACACCAGGGUUCAGUGGUGCUGAUCUAGCAAACCUCAUGAAUGAGGCUGCCAUUCUUGCCGGUCGGAGAGGUAAAGAUACGAUCACGUCGAAGGAGAUUGAUGACUCGAUCGAUCGGAUUGUGGCAGGAAUGGAGGGAACCAAGAUGACAGAUGGGAAGAACAAGAUUUUAGUGGCUUAUCAUGAAAUCGGGCAUGCCAUUUGCGCGACAUUGACUCCAGGCCAUGACCCGGUCCAAAAAGUCACCCUGAUUCCUCGAGGCCAAGCCCGUGGUUUAACGUGGUUCUUGCCCGGCGAAGACCCAUCCCUCAUCUCCAAGCACCAACUGUUUGCUAGAAUAGUUGGAGGUUUGGGAGGUAGGGCAGCCGAAGAAGUAAUUUUUGGCGAACCGGAAAUUACUACCGGUGCAGCUGGGGACUUGCUACAGAUCACUCAGAUAGCCAGACAGAUGGUAACAAUGUUUGGAAUGUCUGAGAUUGGGCCAUGGGCAUUGACUGGUCCAGCAGUACAAGCCGGUGAUGUAGUACUGAGAAUGUUAGCAAGAAAUUCAAUGUCAGAAAAACUGGCCGAAGACAUCGACACAUCGGUACACAAGAUCAUUGACAACGCCUAUGAAGUUGCUAAGACCCAUAUAAGGAACAACAGGGAGGCAAUGGAUAAGCUGGUGGAACUGUUGGUAGACAAGGAAACAAUCACCGGGGAUGAAUUUAGAGCAAUCCUGUCGGAAUUUACUGAUAUACCUUCGGAAAAUGUGAACAGGAAAUCGAUCCGAGAGCUGAUUGAAGCUUAAAUCAACCUUCUAAAUGUACAGUCAUAGAGAAAUGUAAUGCCAAUGGCAACACAUAUGUAUACAGUAUAGUGACCCAGUAUAAAUGGGGUACUUUGUCUGAGGUUUAACCGCUUUAGUUUUCUUCCUUCUGCUGUGGAAAUUGAUAGCAACAUUACCUCAUACUUGACAGAAAGAUCUGAAAAACAAGUUGCAAUUUCAUGAUAAUGUCAUUAGAAACGGUUUGUGGGAAUGGAACAAGGUUUUUUUGAGCAGCUAAAAAGAAAUUUUAUUAAUCUCAGAAAAAUAUUACAGAGAUUAAAACGACCCGAGAAAUGGGGGUGGAACAAGCUAGUGUGUCAUAGACAAGUACAUACUCUACAGACUUCAAAUGGAUACACAACACCCAUAAUAAAAAAAAAGGAGAGAUGCAAGAAAGAAGUGGAACUUAAGAAGAAGAUAAAAGGAAACCUGGCACAGGAGGCCAUACUUGCUGAAAGCUAGUUGGGAAGCCUUAAGAACCCAAGAAAGCAUCAACCUUAGCGUUUGUCUUCCUUGCCAGAAACUUCAUGCAUAUAGGUGGUUGUACACCCGCCAAUGCCAGAAUCGAACUAGGCAAAGUCCAUAUCCCCUCCCCACAAAUCAACCCAGAAGCCACGGCAGGUCCAAAUGCAUCUGCCUUGGCCUUGUCUAUCUUCCCCCAGAUGAACAGGAUCAAGCUCCCAAGAC